AAAAGAACCAAGGUCUCUAGCAUUUUAAGAUUUUGGACUGCAAAGAUUUGAAAGAGAAUGGCAAGGCAAGAUGAGGGAUUGGUGAUAGGAAUCGACCUCGGCACGACGUACUCAUGUGUUGCAGUAUGGGAAGAGCAACACUGUCGAGUGGAGAUCAUCCACAAUGACCAAGGAAACAAAACCACUCCUUCUUUUGUUGCUUUCACAGAUCACCAAAGAUUGAUUGGCGAUGCUGCUAAAAAUCAGGCUGCAACAAACCCAGCAAACACUGUCUUUGAUGGGAAGAGGUUAAUUGGAAGAAAAUAUAGUGAUCCAGUUAUUAAAGAUGAUCUAAUGUUUUGGCCAUUCAAGGUCAUUGCUGGUGCUGAUGACAAACCCAUGAUCAUUAUUAAGCACAAGGGACAGGAGAAGCAUAUUUCUGCUGAGGAAAUUUCUGCCACAGUCCUGACAAAGAUGCGCGAGACUGCAGAGGCAUAUCUGGAGUCACCAAUAAAGAAUGCUGUUGUUACAGUGCCUGCUUAUUUCAACGACUCUCAGCGCCAAGCUACGAAAGAUGCUGGUACCAUUGCUGGUCUAAAUGUUGUAAAAAUAAUCAAUGAGCCUACUGCUGCAGCUCUAGCAUAUGGACUUGAAAAGAGGGCUAAUUGUGUUGGAGAGAGAAAUAUUUUCGUCUUUGAUCUUGGUGGUGGAACAUUUGAUGUGUCACUCCUCACCAUCAAGGGUGAAAUCUUUGAAGUCAAAGCCACUGCUGGAGACACGCACCUUGGAGGAGAAGACAUUGAUAACAGAAUGGUGAACUACUUUGUUAAGGAGUUGAAGAGGAAGAACAAAGUGAACAUUACUGGGAAUGCAAGAGCCUUGAGAAGGUUGAGAACUGUAUGUGAGAGGGCAAAAAGGACACUUUCAUUUGCCAUUGAUACUACCAUUGAGGUAGAUGCUAUAUUUGAGAGCAUUGACUUGUGUUCAUCAAUUACUCGCGCCAGAUUUGAGGAACUCAACAUGGACCUCUUUAAAAAGUGUAUGGAGACUGUUGAGAGGUGUCUUAAUGAUUCUAAGAUGGACAAAAAUAGUAUCCAUGAUGUUGUCCUUAUUGGUGGCUCUUCUAGGAUUCCCAAAGUGCAGCAGCUAUUGCAGGACUUCUUCAGUGGAAAGGAACUAUGCAAGGGGAUCAAUCCUGAUGAGGCUGUUGCUCAUGGUGCAGCUGUCCAGGCUGCGUUGUUGAAUAAAGGCAUUAAGAAUGUUCCAAACUUGGUGCUAUUGGAUGUGACACCACUUUCACUUGGUAUAUCGGUAAAAGGAGGUCUGAUGAGUGUGGUGAUUCCAAGGAAUACCACUAUUCCUUCGAAGAAGAUAGACACAUACUUAACUAGUGAAGAUAACCAAACCAGUGUCCUGAUUGAGGUUUAUGAGGGUGAGAGGAAAAGAGCCAGCGAUAACAACUUGCUUGGUUUGUUUAACCUUAAUGGCAUUCCUUCUGCUCCUGCAGGCCAUCCUUUAAAUGUAUGCUUCGAUUUAGAUGCUAAUGGUAUCCUAAAUGUCUCGGCUGAAGAAGAAACCACUGGUAUUAAGAAUGGGAUUACCGUAACCAAUGACAAUGGAAGACUAUCUUCUGAACAAAUUAUGAGAUUGAUUCAAGAAGCUGAGAAACACCGGGCUGAAGAUAGGAUGUAUGAGAAGAAAGUUGAAGCAAUGAAUGCUUUGGAUGACUAUGUUUACAAGUUAAGGAAUGCUAUAAAGGAUAUUGAUAGAAGUUCUAAGCUUCGUCUACAAGAUAAAAGUAAGAUCAGAGUGGCAGUUACAAAGGCCAGAAAUUUGCUUGGUACUAGCGACCAGACAGAGACAGAGGUGUUUGAAGAUUAUUUGAAUGAGAUGGAGGGCAUUGUAGAAUCCAUUGUCAAGAUUGACUAGUUACUUUCUUCUUCUGUUUUGUAUUUGGUCCAAUGUUACUUUAUAGAUUAUGUGAUGGGUAUGAAAUAUCCAAAACUGCGUGUACCAUAUUAUCUAUACAAACUCCUUUGAUUUCUGUUUUUGGAAUCGAAUUCAAGCUAA